UUUCAGAAGCAAGACAGAGAAUCAAGACACAAUUAAAAAAAGGGGAGGGUUUAUUCCUGGACAUCGCUAUUGGACCACCUAAUAGACUUUUUACAGAUAUAAACACACCUGAAGGAGCUUCACCUGCACAGCAAAACAUCGGAACACCUGAGCUGAUUGUCCCGAAUGCACCAACAGGAUGUCUUUGUUGGGGAGUUUCCUGUCCGAUGAGCAGUUCCAGUGCUCGAUCUGUCUGGAUGUGUUCACCAAUCCGUCCUCCACGCCGUGCGGCCACAGCUUCUGCAUGGCCUGCAUCAGCAGAUACUGGGACGGAUCCAAGGUGUGCCAGUGUCCUCUGUGUAAGAAAUCCUUCCAGAAGAGGCCGGAGCUGCAGAUCAACAGGACGCUGAGGGAGAUCACCGAGCAGUUCAAAUCCAUGAAGGGAGGAACGGUGGUGAGGGAGAAGAGAGGAGGGAGAGCACGAGGAGGAGGAGGAGGAGGAGGAGGAGGAGGAGGAGGAGGAGGAGGAGGAGAGGGAGGCAUACCGGAGGAUUUAUUUGACGAGCUGAGGAAGAAGCUGCCUCGACCUCUGCCGAAGUCACCGAUGGUGAUGAUGUCUGAGCUGCCCAGUCCAGGGGAGCCCAUCCUGACGUCGUUUUCACCUCUGUCCCCUCCGGCCACCGUCCCUCUGGCUUCCUCGGUGCCGAGCCAGAGUCCAGUCGCCGUCCUGACCCAAAUCCUGGCCCAGAGCCAGACGUCCGGGCCGCAGCUGCCGCCCCCGGCCGCCCCCCGCCCCACCGGCCGCCGACGGUUCACCGUGAGCGGGCUGGCAGAGAGCCAGAGCCUGCCUCUCUGUGACAUCCACCGCAGAGGGAUCAUGGUUUACUGCAGGACCGACCGAGUGUGCAUCUGCCCUGAGUGCCAGGCUCUUGACCACCAGGACCACGACACAGUGACCGUCGAAGAUGAAUGGCAGGAAAGCAAGGCCCUGCUGAGUGUGUCGGAGCAGGAGAUCCAGGAAAUGAUCAGACAGAGACUCAGGAAGAUCGAAGAGAUCAGAAUGUCGGUGACUGAGCUGCAGUUGGCCGUAGAGCGCGAGACGGCGGGCAGCCUGUGUGUGUUCUCGGCGCUGGUGUGUGCCAUCGAGCGCUCGCAGGCGGAGCUGAUGGAGGUGAUGGAGAUGAGCCGGCGGGCGGCCGAGCACCAGGCCGACGCCAUGAUCCGGCAGCUGGAGCUGGAGGUCGCCGAGCUGAGGAGGCGGGGGAACGCCCUCGCCGAGCUCGCCCAGUCAGACGACCACAUCCACUGUGUCAAGAGUUUUCCCAACCUCUCCACCCCUCCGCCAACCAGAGACUGGUCCGGGGUGUCGGUGAACUCCGACCUGGGGACGGGGACCAUCUACAGGUCGCUGGCUGCCCUGGUGGAGAGAUUUCAGGAGGAACUGAAGAAUAUCGCUGAAAUAGGUUUUCCCCCCUCAGUACUGGAACCCAGUCCGUUCCGAGCACAGCCCAAAAUGAAGCGGGUGCAGGAGUAUGCAGUGGAGGUAACGCUGGACUCCAGUACUGCCCACCCCAGGCUGAUCCUGUCAGAGGAUCUGAAGAAGGUGAAGUGUGGAGACCGACACCAGCUGCUGCCGGACAACCCCGAGAGGUUUGACCGGGUCGUCUGCGUUCUGGCCAGGGAGCCCAUUUCCUCUGGGAGACACUACUGGGAGGUGGAGGUGGGCGGGAAGACUGACUGGGAUCUGGGCGUGGCCAGCCAAUCGGUGAACAGGAAGGGGAAGAUUGACGUUACCCCUAGCAACGGCUACUGGUUCCUAAGCCUGAGAGACAAGAACAAGUACGCCUUUCGCACUGAACCCUCCACAGACGUCCACCUGAACCUCCGACCGCAGAAGAUCGGGGUGUUUGUGGACUACGAGAAAGGACAGGUGUCUUUCUACAACGUCGACGCCAAGAUCCACAUCUACACCUUCAGCGACACUUUCACCGAGAACAUCUUCCCGUUCUUCAGCCCCUGCACUAAUAAAUCCGGAAAGAACGACGGCCCACUGAUCAUCACACCUGUCAACAUGAUCGAGUGAUGCGGCAAAACCAUAAGAAUUAACUUUGCUGUCUCUUUUCUCAUUUUUACCGUCAUUUAUGUCCUUGGUAUUGCGCAGUCAUUUUGUUUAAAGUGCUUCAUAGAUAUAUUUGACAGCCGUUCUGUACAUAGGGACAUGGUUGGGUUCUCACUUUACUCUGCUGAUGUUUGACUGUAAAUAUAUUUUCCUAGAUAAGAAAUUGUACAUAUGGUAUAUUCAGCACUGUAAAAGAUUUGCACAAGUUAUUUGAAAACAGGUAAAAUCAUUUUAUACAACUCUAAAAAUGGUGUUUGAGGACACGAGGACAUGCAUGCCUUGAGGAAAUUUGUACCCAAAUGUUAUUUGUGCAAAAAAAUGUGCAUAUUAUCCAAUAAAGGACCGAGUACAAGUUUUAA